AAAGCGGAGGAAAAUUAACACAGAAAAACUAGAAAAUAAAGCUUUUAAAAAAUUAAUUAAAGUGCAAUUUAAAUACUCGACCAGUGAAUUUUAAAAUACGAUCAACAAGUUCUUAAUUACACAAUUACACAAUAGCUUAAAGCCACAAAGUUCAAUUGAAUAAAGGAAAACUUUUUUACGACUCAGAAAAAUCGAUCAAACACAAGGAAAAUUCUCCAUGGCCCAAUUUUAAAGUCUAAGCUUAGAAAAAAAAACUACAAUUUACAGGACAUCCAACAUGAGUUACAAAAUAAAUUAUACAGCAGAAGAGAAAAUAAAGUUGGCAAAGGAUGAUUCAGUCGAGAAAAUGUAUGAAUCUAAAAAGAACCAAAGGACAGUCCGUGUAUUGACGGUUCUUGCUUACGUUCUUACAGUUUCUAUGGCUGCAAUUGUCUUGUCGACUUAUUACGUGUUCUUUUGGAAUCCGAAGCAUAUUAGUUUGAUUGCUGCUCAAUCGAAGGUUAACUGCGAUAAAAUAAUCAUCCCCGAACACAUUGCAGUUAGGUUAAUUAAUAAUACGGUUAUAUCAUUGGACACAUUCUACAAUAAUACAAUGGUGCAUUUACAUCACAUUCAUUCCAAUGCAAAUAAGAAUCAUGCAAGAAUGCGUGACAGAGUCGAAUUUAAUAGAUAUUUAGAGACAAUGACAUAUGAGGAAGUGGCAACAACCAUGUCAAUGGAUGCGAAUAAGAAAAUGCGUAGAAAAAUGAAGCAUUCGAAGAAAAUUGUUGACGAUGAAGAUUUAAAUGUGGAUAUGGAAUCCAGUGGCGAUAAGGAUCAACUUAUGGUCACGACUUUCCCACCACCGACAUCGGAACCGUCAACUGACAUGAAUGACACAACGAUUAUAUUUGAUCAAGAUACAGACGAGUAAGCUUGCAGCUUUACGAAUUGUAUACUCAAUGAAUUUCUAUUAAAUUUAAUCUGUGGUUGGUGGAUUUUGAGGAUAUAAAGUUGCUAUUGGAAUUUGAUCCAGUAAAUCAGUUCCAACAGCAACUUAUAUCCACCAAAUCCACUCCUUAACUCAUCAAUUUAUUCGGACUGUAAACAGCUUAUUUCAAAAAUGAGCACAUAAUGAAUUAGGAAGCAGAAUAAGUCCAAUUAAUCACGAACACAAAGCUUUAAUUUCCAGUAUUAACGUUGAAUAAUGAAAAAGGAAUUUUUAUUGCUCUAAAAAUUUUAUUUUUGUGAAUCUUUACCUACUGACUUUAAUGUAAUUCGUAGAUUUUAAUUCGGUGUUUAAUUUACAUUGGUUGGGAAGGUUAUGGAAAUUUAAGAGCAGAAUGAAGCUAGUGAUGGCUUCUUUGAAGUUGAGAAUUACUGUUUUGCUGCUUAAAAUGUGAAAAAUUCGAGUCUAACCUCACUUUUUAGGAGGUUUGAACGAUUUAGGACAGAAAUUUGAUAGAAUUCAGUGUUAAUCCCCGAAAAGGACAUUAAAGAAGGGUCAAUCGAGUGUAUGCUCCAUGAUAGCUGCAGAACAAGCUUGAUAUCAUCAAUUGAUUGUCAUUAAAAAGCAUUGUAACUCAGAUUUAACAUUACAACCCCAAGAUUACUUGCUAAACUCAAUCCAACAGCAGGAUAGCCACUCAAAUUAGAUAAAGUAACAGUAAAUCCUCUUCGUUUCGCUCCUACCAACCCACCAAUCCAAUUACAUAAUAGUAUUAUAGUCAAUCUCAAAGCUCAAUUGAUCAAAGGCACUUCUUUUGUAUGAAAAAUGAUGAAUAUUAAUGAUCAAUACAUGAUAAUUGAAUUAGAACAUUCCACAAAUCCCUCAACAGGUUGGCAAUAAUGGAAUUGAUUUUCUGUAAUGUUUUACAGCAUAGACCAAGCGUUAUGUAAGUCAAGAAAUGGGAUUGAAUUGCAUGUAAAGGUAUUAGUAAUUUAAUAAUGAAAAGUCGCAAUGAUUAUGGAAGAAGCUCCAAAUAAGCUUUGAGCAUUGACACAAAUAUAAAUUUAUGGAUGAAAGAAACUCAAAAUUAUUUUAAAUUAACGAAACUUAUCUAAAAAUUCUCACAAUUGAAUCUAAAUCCAAUUAAACGAUCAACUUUUGAAUGUUGAAAUAAAGAUUUUAUGUAACAAAAAGCA